AUGAUGAUAGAACAAUGCUAUGUAGAAACGAUUUUUGGAAAUAUUUUCCUUAAGCCUCUUUUUCUAAAGUCUUAAAUUACAAGAUUUGAUUUAACUAUUAAGUUAAAAUAAAAUUUAAACACUAAUUCUUGGUCCAAAGGUUGUCUAUCCUGA